AUGUCUGAAAAAUUCCGUAUCCCUGGCUUAUUCAUGCCAACUAAUACUAUCGUAAAACCAUCGAGUGGUUAUAAUGAUAACAUUUUUGAAGGUAAAGAAGAACAAAUGCUCAAAGUAUGUGAAUACUUGGAAAGUAAAGGUUUCAUUCCAAAAGACCUCGUGAAGCACGAAGUGUCAUGGUUUUAUGGAAACCUUGGUAUCGAUGACAUGUAUUUUAGUUUAGAAAGUGUCGAAUCCAUUGCAAAUCAUAUUUUGGCUUUAUAUGGUGCUAAAAUAUUUGCCUACACAAAGAAUGAGCAAAAAGAUUUAGAUAUUAAUUUGGAACGUGAAACUGAUGACGGUGCCGUCUAUAUACACACUUCUAAACCUGGUGUAUCUCAAUUGCAAGGCCCUCAACAUGAAAGAAGAAUUGAUUCAAGAUUUUUAGAUGUUUCCACCACUUCAAAAGCUUAUCGUUUAGAAUCCUACCGUUCCCAUGGCAGUGUCUCCCCAUCAAUGAGUACUCAAUUACGUUGUUAUUUUUUAGCAAAAUGUGAUUUUGUUACUCCUGAACCAACUCCUGAACAAGAAUCUGACAUACGUUUGGUUGGAGAUAAAACCUUUUUGGAAAAAGCUACUGGCAACACAUUGGAGAUUUAUCAAAGUGUCAUGAAAUUAGUCUUACAAAGAACCGGUCCUGUUAUUGAAAUGUUUGAGGUGGAGGGUAGUAGAGAAAGGCGAUUGGUUAUCGGGUAUCGUCAACAUAGUACUCAGUCUUUUUUUUCGGCCAUGUCCGAUCUUUAUCAUUUCUAUGAAUUGUUUUCUACCCGUAAAUAUGUCGAACAAUUUUCAAAUGGUGUUACCAUCAUGAGUCUUUAUUUGAACCCCCUUCCAAAUUCAAAAGCUGCUCCAAUAGAACACACAAUUCACCAGGUUAUCAAAGAAGCUUCUUUAAUCUUCUGUUUACCAACAACCCCUUUACAAUCAUUUUUUCAAGUUGGAAAAUUAUCGGUACAAGAAGCAAUUUAUGGCUAUGUUGGUUGGAUCUUUGCUCAAAAUUUUCUUAAUCGUCUAGGAAACGAAUAUGUCAGUUUGGCAAAUCUUUUAAAUUCAAAUGACCCAGCACAUGUUGAAGUCCUCACAAAAAUUAAAAAACGUUUACGUUCUGACGCAUUCACUCGCGAAUAUGUUUUAGAUAUUAUUAAAAUGUAUCCAGAAUUAGUAAGAUCUUUAUACAUAAAUUUUGCUUUAACUCAUUACGUUAAUCCACAAGGUGCUACUCUAGAACCUACAAUAUCAUACAAGCGUUUACAAACAGACACAAUACUUAGCGAUGACGAAUUAUUAGACAUGAUAAAAAAAACAACAUCAAAUAUUCAUGAGUUCAUGGUUUUUGAAUCAUUUCUCAUAUUUAACAAACACGUUUUGAAAACAAAUUUCUAUCAACCAACAAAGGUCGCGUUAUCAUUUAGACUUGAUCCUUCAUUUUUACCAGCUAUUGAAUACCCGACAAAAUUAUUUGGCAUGUUUUUCGUAAUUGGCUCGGAAUUUCGCGGUUUUCAUUUAAGAUUUCGUGAUGUGGCUCGUGGUGGCAUACGUAUCAUCCGUUCUAGAAAUAAGGAAGCCUACAGCAUCAAUCUAAGAUCAUUGUUUGACGAAAAUUACGGUUUAGCUGCUACCCAACAACGUAAAAAUAAAGACAUUCCAGAGGGUGGUUCAAAAGGUACCAUCCUCCUUGACAUCACUCAACAAGACAAAGAUCGUGUUGCUUUUGAAAAAUAUGUCGAUAGUAUUUUGGACUUGUUAAUCACCGGUAGCACUCCAGGUAUAAAAGAGAAACUUGUUGAUUUAUACAACAAACCAGAAAUCUUAUUUUUUGGUCCGGACGAAGGUACUGCACAAUUCGUUGAUUGGGCAAGUGCUCAUGCUAAAGCUCGUGGUGCUCAAUUCUGGAAAGCUUUUACCACAGGCAAAAGUCAAUCAAUGGGCGGCAUACCUCAUGAUCUUUAUGGUAUGACGACUCGUUCAGUCCACCAAUAUGUGCUUGGCAUUUAUCGAAAAUUGAACUUGAAAGAAACUAAAAUCACAAAAUUCCAAACUGGCGGUCCUGAUGGUGAUUUGGGUAGUAAUGAAAUUAAAAUUUCCAAAGAUCGUACUGUCGCAAUUGUUGAUGGUAGUGGUGUAUUGUGUGAUCCGGAAGGUAUUGAUCGUAUAGAGUUGAAACGAUUGGCCAAUAGUCGUUUGACAAUUUCAAAAUUCGACGCUUCUAAAUUGUCACCAAAAGGUUUUCGAAUUUUGGUUGAUCAACAAAAUAUCAAAUUACCGAGUGGUCAAGUCAUCGAAGACGGAUUGUUGUUCCGUAAUAAUUUCCAUUUAACAAAUCUUGUGUCCGCCGAUUUGUUUGUACCUUGUGGUGGUAGGCCUGAAGCUGUCGAUUUUAAUAAUGUUAAUAUGUUACUUGAUCUAAAUGGUAAACCAAGAUUCAAAUAUAUAGUUGAGGGUGCAAAUCUUUUCUUUACUCAGGAAGCACGUAUAAGACUUGAACAAGCUGGUGCUAUAAUUUUCAAAGAUUCAUCAGCCAAUAAAGGCGGUGUCACGUCAUCUUCGUUAGAAGUAUUGGCUGCUUUGGCAUUAACAGACGAAGAGUUUGCCACUCAUAUGCAAGUAAAAGAUGGCAAUAUACCACAAUUCUAUCAAGAUUACAUAAAGGAGGUACACAAGACCAUUGAAAAAAACGCAGAGUUGGAAUUCGAGUGUAUUUGGCGCGAACAUCGUAGAACAGGAAAACCAAGAUCAAUAAUUUCCGAUGAGUUAAGUUUGGCAAUCAUCGAUCUUAAUGAAAAUAUGCAAGAAUCAAUCUUGUGGAGUAACGAGCCAUUACGUAAAGCUGUUCUGAGGGAUGCAUUCCCACAAUUACUUUUAGAUAGAUUAGGUCUUGAUACUUUAUUGGAGAGAAUACCCGAAUCCUACGUCAGAGCUAUUUUUGGAUCGUAUUUAGCAAGUAGAUUUGUUUAUAAAUAUGGUACACAGCCAUCACAAUUUGCAUUCUUUGAAUUUAUGUAUCCAUUCUUUGCAAAAGUUUCUGAUGCCUACAGUUAA